AUGAUGAUUUAUGUAGUAAAUAAUGGAAAAGAUGAAAUAAGAUUGGAAGAACAAACAUAUGAAAGAUUGUUUGAGAGUUGUUGUAACUCUGUUCAUAAGGAUGGUGCAGCGGAUCUCUACCAUGAAUUGGUGAAUAGCUUUAAUAUUCCGACAAUCAAUAAAUAUGCGUAUCUGACAACGUUGGGUAUCACUGGUUUCAUGAGUUGGUUGCGUGUACCAAAGAGUAGCAGAUCAGGCAGAGGUUGGGUAACAAGUUUACAAAUCUCACCAAGUCGAUAUAUAUUACCACCAAAACAUGAAAAUCAUAAAUUAUUAGAACCCUUCUUGCCAAAAGAGAUUCAAAACAAAUUGUUGGGUAGAUCCUAUGCAAUAGAUUCCCCUCAUCCCUCAAAAGAAACAUCAAAAACCGGUGAUGAUAAUAAUGAUAAUAGACCAUUACAUUUACGUCUCCACGAAAGGCCAAUUACUCAUAUUCAAUUCAAUCGCGAAGGUGAUCUCUUAUUUGUAGCAGCAAAGGAUAAAACAGUUUCAUUAUGGUACACUUCAAAUGGUGAACGUUUAGGAAAAUAUUCGUGUGGUGGUGUCGUCUACUCUUUGGAUGUCGACCAACACACUAAAUACAUGGUCACUGCCAGUGCUGACUCCAAGUUGAUUUUGUGGGAUGUCAAGACCGGAAAACAGAUCGAAUCAAUCUCAUUCGAAGUACCUGCUCGUUGGGUUGAAUUCUCGCAAGGUGACAAGCAAAUUCUGGUGGUUACCGAUAAAGUUAUGGGUUAUCAAGCUACUGUACAUGUCUUUAACUUUGACCCAGAGAAUGUUGUAAACAAAAUUACACCUGCUUUCACUUUGGAUCCACUCAAUGUUAAGAUUACUCAAGCAACUUGGUCACCAAUGAAUAAGACCAUUCUUGCAUCUUGUGAGGAUGGUUUCGUCCGUAUCUACGAUGUAGAGACGAGACAUUUGGUUCAUACCAUCGCCGAUCACACCGAUACGGUGACAAAGAUCGUUUGGAUGAAACACAGAAUCAUGUUUUUGACUUGCUCAGAGGAUGGUACUGCCAGACUCUACGAAACCAAGACACUCAAACACCUCAAGACUUUUGAUACUGGUCGUCCCGUGAAUGCCGCCGCUAUCUCACCGGUGCUUCCACAUAUCAUUCUUGGUGGUGGUCUAUCUGCAGACUUGGUAACAACCUCCAGAGUAGAUUCCUCGCAAUUCAAGGUCAGAUUCUAUCAUAUUGCUUACGAAGAUGAAAUCGGAGGUCACAUCGGUCACAUCGGUCCAGUUAACUCCAUAGAUUUCACUCCAGACGGUAAGACCUUUGCCACCGGUGGUGAGGAAGGUCUCGUUAUUAUCAAUCACCUUGACAAUUCCUAUUUCAAAUUUGACAAGGAAUUAGAUUACGGUACCAAUUCUAACUAA